AAGCACAUGACUUUGCUUUAUUGGGUCCUGCGCAGCGAGGCUGAAUCUGCAAGGAACAAGCUCAAGCAAAGUCCAUUUGCCUGUGACAGUAUCAUCUGAUUCAAGUGCUGAACACUUCUCAGCCGCCAACACAAAGCCUACCUAAUUAGCCCUCGAUUGACGAGCCUCAAACCCAUAGCCAUGCCGGUGCCAGUCAGCAGCCAUGGAGGAGCCGUCGGGCCCUCUAACCUUGACAAACUCAGGAUGGGAGCAAUGAUGGGUGGAACCGUUGGCGUCAUUAUUGGCUUCAUUUUCGGGACCGUCACCAUCUUUAGGUACGGAGCUGGACCAAACGGCAUUAUGAGGACCCUGGGCCAAUACAUGCUGGGUUCUGGCGCGACUUUCGGGUUCUUCAUGUCUAUUGGCAGCGUCAUCAGAUCCGAUUCCUCUCCGAUAAUCCAGGAAGCCUAUGCCCGUUCUCGGCGGCGGCCCAUUAUCAUGGCUGCGCAGGCCUACCGAGCACCGCUUCCGCGGCGAUCCGACCCAUAAUCCCGGGCAGGGAAUAGCCAGUCCAGUGUCACACUAAGAUAAUUCAUGUACAUACGAAUUCCUUUUCAAAAGAGAAUGACAGGGCGAAGAAAUGGAGACAACUCAUUCCGGAUGUCACAAAUUCAUUCUGCGCAUCAAACAAGUGGCCCCAACGUAAGGCGACUGCGACGGCGACGGCGACGGCGACUUUACACGUUGGGCAACGCCAUCCAGUGACGCUUUCAGCUGAGAUGGCCAAAUCGCUUCGAAUUACACUUCUUUCGUCCU